AUGGCUUCCUUCCAAAAACUUCAAGAAUUACUGCUACCUUGCUUGGAGGAAGAAAUUAUAGACGACGAAGAAUUUUCAGUGCUUUGCGAGGCGUAUGCUCCACAAAAUCUUCCAUUUCAGCACUCGGCAUACGAGAAAUUUUCUCUCGAAAACAAAAAUUCUGCCGAAUGCAAGGCUGAUUUUCGCGUCGAUAAAAGGGAUAUCGCAUUACUUGUUGAAGUCUUAAAACUUCCGCCCAUCUUCAAGUGCUCUAACGGAACUAUCUGCGAUGGAACCGAAGGCCUCUGUAUUGUCCUAAAGCGGUUCGCAUAUCCAUGCCGCUAUUCCGACAUGAUGCCAAUCUUUGGGCGAUCGGUGCCAGAAAUGAGUAUGAUCUGCAACCAGGUGACAGACUGGAUAUAUAAUACUCACGGGCACAAGGUUACACGGUGGAACCCUGGUGUUUUAAACCCACCUUUAAUGGCUACGUAUGCAGAUGGGGUCCACUCUAAAGGAGCAGCCCUUGAUAACUGUUUCGGCUUUAUAGACGGAACUGUGCGGCCCAUUAGUCGGCCGAUGUCAAACCAGCGAGUUGUUUAUAAUGGCCACAAGCGCGUACAUGCGCUCAAGUUCCAGGCCGUCACGCUUCCCAAUGGACUGAUUGCUAAUAUCUAUGGUCCUGUAGGUAAGCCCCAGAUUUUUUUUCUAUUCACAAAGCAACCUUUUUUCCCUUCAUUGCCAUGUUUAUGGAAUUUUUGUUUCAUUGUACUUGCCUCUUAAUAUUGCCGUAUUUUUUGUUGAAAUUCUUUUAGUAAUUGAUAAUAGCCUAUUCAAUUUCUUGUUUCCACGCCAUAUACCCUACGUGCUAGUUAAAUGUAAAGGCUGCAUGACUUGAUUUUAGCGAACAUUAAUGAUGACAUAUACAUCCUUAAUUUGUUUUAAGAGUGGAACCUUUGUUUUCUUUCCUUCUUGUAGAAGGCAGAAUGCACGAUGCAAGAAUGCUGGCAGUCUCCCAACUGUAUGAUGAUUUACAAAACUUUGCAUUUGACCCUGUAGGUAGAGCAAUGUGUUUAUAUGGGGAUCCAGCAUACCCACUCAGGGUUCACUUGCAGGCACCUUUCAGAGUUGGCAUUCUAACAAGAGAUAUGGAGAUGUUUAAUGAGUCCAUGAGUGCUGUUCGCUCAUCAGUUGAAUGGUUAUUCGGAGAUAUU